AUGAGCAUGGAAACCAUCAAGGAAUCUCUUUCUGCAAUGACUGAGAUGUUUAAUGUUAAGAUGAGUGAAUUCCAGCAAGAACUCCAUAAAAACACCACUCCAGUGACUACGACUUCCUUGGCAGCUGAUUUCAAUACUUUUAAAAGCUUCAUUCUAUCAGCACUCAACACCUUGCAACGACAAGUCGAAUUACUGAGUCUCGAGAUUGAUCGUCAAGAAAUGCGUAGGAGACGUAAAACGUUACUUUUCCAUGGCAUCACUGAAGAGAAGUCGGAAGACAUUUUAUUAAAAGUCACCGAACUAGUUUCUCGGCAUUUGGAUUUACCGAAUUUCUCUAGUACGAGCAUUAAGUCACUGUACCGUCUAGGUCGACCAACAGAUAAGAGACCUAGACCCGUAGUCAUCAAAUUCAUGGAUGCUGCAGUUCGUGAUAAGGUUUGGUUUUUAAAAACUAAAUUAAAAGGAACAGGUGUCACACAAUCGGAGUUUUUAACCAAAUCACGACAUACACUAUUUAUGGAGGCACGGCAGCGCUUUGGCAUCGGUAAGUGCUGGACGUGGGAUGGAUGUGUCAAUAUUAUAGCUCCAAAUGGAUCUCGCCAUCGAGUUGAGUGCUUGACUGAGUUAGACACUAUAACAACAUCUAAGUCUCCUUCACAAGCUGUUGUUGUUACCGUCAACAAGCCAGGUGAAAAAGUACUUGCGCCGCGAUCCAAAAGAAUUGUGAAGAAG